UCAGCUGAUUCUCUACAGACGGAACAUGGCCGACCUCUCAAAACACUGAGCUGAUGAUGGGACGAAUGACAGCCGAAAGCUGUCCUUGAAGACCAUCACUGCUGGAUUAGUGAUAUUUUGAUGUGAAGGAAAACAUUACAGAGGGUGUUUGAUCCCAGGACAUAUGUAAGCAUGUCUAAUUUGAUGGAGAAUGGCCCCAGUAAUCAUAAUGGGGAGGCCGAGCAGGUGUGGGAGAGACCCUGGACACUGGCAGAGAUGCAGAAGUCCAGCACAAACUGGUCCCUGGCAGCAGAUUCAGGGUUGUUUCUUUUCCUGCAAGACUUCUCUCAAAGGAUGUUGUCCAAGACCCAUGAGAUUGAGAAGCAGUUGGAUGGUCUUAUCCGGGACACUAAAGCCACAGACAGUCGCCUACACACAGUGUUUAACGACUUCCUCAUGCUGUCCAACACACAGUUCAUUGAAAACAGGGUUUAUGACGAAGAGGUGGAAGACCCUGCACCAAAGCCAGAAACCACGGAGAAACAGCCUGAACAGGAGAAGUCAAGGGAACAGAAGGAAGCAGAACUUAUUCCCAAAAUCCAAGAAGCUGUCAACUAUGGUCUGAAGGUCCUGGAAUCUGCUUUCGAACAGCUGGACAUUAAAGCCGGAAACUCGGACUCUGAGGAUGAGGAGACUCUGGAAAAAGUCGAGCCUAUUUUGGAAGCGAAGGACCUGUAUGUGGACAGGCCUUUGCCGUACUUGAUUGGUUCCCAAGCAUUUAUGGAUGAGGAUGAUGUUGGCCUGGGCGAUCUGUCCAGUGAUGAAAUGUCUAUUGGGAGCGACAGAGACAGCGUCAUUGAGAGUGAUGUUGAAGAAGGCGAUGAGCAGUCGGAUGAAUACUCUGACCAGGAUGAGGAAGUCCAUGACAACUUUAAGAAAAAGCCGUCUGUUGCUUAUGAUGACAACGAGGAAGAGAAUGAAGAUGAAGAUUCGGACAUAUUUGGAGGGUCUGAUAAGGAUGAAGACGAGCUCAGAAAGGACACUGGUCUGCCAUCCUUUGCUGAUGAACUAGCAGCCAGAAUCAAGGGAGAGACUCCGAAUAAGCCAGAAGCAGAUCGCGCAUCAUUGUCUUCAGGCCCAUCCAUCACUCAGAAGAAGAGUAAAACAAAGCCAAAACCUCAGGUGGAGGAUGAUCAGGAUGAGAUGUUCAAACCACCAAAAAUGGAAGAUGAGGAUUAUUCUCCAUUCGGUGGAAAGGGUGGACUUUUUAGUGGAGGAAAAGGCCUGUUUGAUGAUGAUGAUGAGGGAGAUCUGUUUUCUGAUGCACCCAAAACCGAGCCGAUGGAAAAGACUGUAACCCAGUCAACAGAGCCUUUUAAAAUUAAGAAAAUACCCGCUGGCGCUGUCUCCAUCUUUCCUGAAAACAAACUUUUUGGCUUCCCAAAUGAUUCAGACUCACUAGAGAGUAAAACCAGCAAGAGUCCGGUGAAGCCCAAAGUGCAGGCAGCUCCAAAACGUGCCUCGGUGGGGGGAGGGCUGUUUGAUGAUGAAGACGACGAUGAUGAUUUCUUCAGUGGGAAGCCACUUCACAAAUCCACCCCUGGACAAGAGAAGCAAAUGCCAAAGAAGCCAGUAGACCUGUUUGGAGAAGCUGAUGAGGAUGAUGAUGACGGCGAUGGAGGCGGAGCUAUGUUCAGCGAGAAAGCCAGUGCAGCUCUUUCCCAACAAGACAAAAGAGCUGAGGGAGAAGAGGAGACACGUCCUCCAGAGAAAAAGCUUCCUGUUGGUGCCAUUUCAGUGUUUGGGCCUGGCACUAAAAAUAUACUGGAGGGUCUGAAGAAACGCCGGCCUUCCACCAGUGAAGAAUCUGCCCAGUCUGAAGAGAGUGGACCUCCGUCUGAAGCAGUCAAACCUUCACCUGCUCUGGGAGCAUCACAGAAAACACACAGCAAGAGUCUGUUCUCAGACGAUGAAGACUCACAACUAUUUGCAAGUGAAACUACAAGUAAAUCAAAGCCUACAACUCCGAACAAACCCAGUAAAGCUCCGCUCUCAAUAUUUGAUGAUGAAGAAGAAGAAGAGGAUCUUUUUUCAUCAACACCAAAGCCCAAGUCAGUUCAGGUCAAAAAAACAUCUCUACAACCCAAGAAACCUGUAUCCAGUUCACUCUUCAGCGAUGAUGAGGAUCAGUGGAUGAGCUCUAAACCCAGUAGAGAGAACCCGGAAGUGAAGCCCAGUGGAAUGAAGUCGAGUGUUAGCGCCCCCUCCAGGCUACCCAGUGUCAAAACACCACAGAAAGAUGGCCUGUUUGAUGAUGAUGAUGAUUUGUUUUCAGCCAAAUAUGAGUCAAGCAAGAAGUCAUCUCAGAGAGUAUCUUUGCUGUUUGAGGAUGAAGAUGAUGAUGAUGAGGACAAAGAACCUCUUUUUGGCUUCAAAACACCUGCAAAUAAAACUCCUUCUGAAGCGAAGCGUUCCGGUGCUCCCUCUCAGAUUGAAUCUACGGAGGAGGAGAAUGUGCCUAAUGUAGCAAAAAACAAGAUAGCGGAGGAGAAGAAGCCUGUGGAGAAGAAGCCUGUGGAAUCCACUCCAUCCUCUGAGGACAGCACCGAGAUUAAGAAGAAGCCAGUAGGAGCAGUCAGCCUUUUUGGUGGAAUCGAUGUAUUAGCAGACAAGCAAGACACAAGUAAAAAACAGACUAAUAAUCAAGAAGAGAUUGCUGAUAGUGACGAGCUGCUAAAGGAGGGACCUCCACCCAUGGAGAGUAAGGGGACCAAGGCCAAGAAAACAGCACUGAGUCUUUUUGAUGAUGAAGAUGACGAUGAUGACGAUGGCGAUAUGAACAGUGAUUUAAUAAUUCCUGCACCUAAAACAUCCAAAUCAAUAGAAAAGAAUGCACUAAAGGAUCAUGGAAUGAAGAGCACAGGUGUGUUCCAAGACGAGGAACUGCUUUUCAGUCACACGCAACAGAGAGACAACGAUCCCGAUGUAGACCUUUUUGCCACAUCUCCUAAACCGGCUGUGGCGUCUCAGAGCUCUGUAAAACCUGUUGUCCCCUCACUGUUCAGGGAUGAUGAUGACGAUGACCUCUUCAGUUCAGCAAAGCCUAAAGCUCCUCCGAAAGUACCUGAGAAGCCCAGCAAGCCUAAAACAAAUGAAACGGACAAAUCAACACCGACUCCAAGCAAGGAGCCUACAAGUCUUCCGAAAUCUAAAAAAACCUCCUCAAGGAUUGGAGAUCUUCAAGCUAGCUUAGCUGUCAACCCUGCCAGCCUUCUGCCAGGCGCGGUGCCACGGAUUCCAGGAGCCGUCAGCGUGAUCCCUGGCCUGGCACCUGCCUCCUUCCCUGCAGCUGCCAAGCCGCUGCCAGCUCGAGAUACGACCCCUGGUCAUCGGCCCUCCAGUGAGGGAGGGGUGAGCUUUGACUCGCCCGCUCAGGUCAGCACGCUACAGAAUGCUAACAAGGGUCGGGCUAAAGGCGCAGUGCGACGGCGGCCACAGACAAGGGCAGCAAGACAUCUUGCAGCACAGGACUCUGAGGAAGCUGUUGGGGAAAGCACCUCUAUCCAAGCUGAUGAAGCAGUUAUGGCUGCUUCUGUCUCGACCUUUAACCCUGUUUCAGUGCGACCCUCAGCGCUCACUAUACCUGUCAGCACCCCUCCUCCUGCCAAGACCCCCGAUGAAGCCGUCAGGCCAAAGAGAUUUCUGAAUUCUGGAGAUGAUCUGUUUGAUUCAGAUGAUCUCUUUGCCACAAAGCCUGUUCCCUCCUCAAAACACAAAGCAAAGACCCCUGAGGAAGGCCGUAAGAAAGCCUCCAAAACCGAGGCCAUCAUAGCCUCAAAGAAAGACCAGGCCUCGUCUAUUUUUGACAGCCAUGAGGAUGAUCUCUUUGCCAAAGUGAAACAGAAGCCUCUCCAGAAAGCUAAAGAAAUUUCCUUCCUAGAUGAUGAUGAUGAUGAUAUUUUUGGAGCAGGAAGUAGUAAAAGUGCAGAUCGUAAAAACUCCAACGCACAGGCCAGCUCUGCAAAACCAGAUGUUUUCAAGGAUGACGUGAAAGAACCUCCCAAGGCCCAGAAGAAGCCCAAGGAAGUGUCUUUGGAUGCAAGCUUGUUUGAUGAUGAUGUUGAUAUUUUUGCUGAUUCGAAAAGCACCAAGCCACAGAAGAAAGCUAAGAAGAAAUUGGAGGCAAAAUCUAUAUUCGAUGAUGACAUGGAUGAUAUCUUUUCGACUGGGACUACGAAACCAGCGGUGAAGCCGUCCUCUAAGUCGAAGAAGACCCAGCCUGCUCAGGAUCCCAUCUCAACCUUGGAAACGGGGAACAGUAUUUUCGAUGAUCCCCUGAACGCAUUUGGGGGAAACUGAGCCUUCUAAUUAACAGCUGUUUGUUUAACUCUGUAGCGAUAUUCAUGGCCUAAAUGUAGGUAGAUGUAUUACUGUUUCUUACUAAUUUAAACUCUAAUAGGUCACUUAAAAAAAAAAGAAAGAAAAAAAAGGAAAACAAGAUCGUAAAUCUAUGUACAUCUAAUGCUAUCUGUGAAGUCAUCUGAUUGGUAAAUGAUGUAGCGGUCAUCAAAUGGUAUUGGCAUUUGCAAUGUUUUAUGUGUCUUUUAUUAGCACUUUAAACAUGGGAUUGACUGGUAAUGUGUAAAAGAGGAGUUUAGACAUUCCUCUGACAUUGUCAACUGUAAGGUUUCAUUUUCUAGUGCUGUGCCAUUAUCUCUUAACAUGUACGCACACGUAAGUGCUUUUGUUGGUGAUGUUUUUAUAACUCGAGCUGAAGUUUUCUCGUGUUGCAUGUGAAAUGAUUUUUGGAAAAAAGAAAAUAUAUUUUAUGAAACGUA